UGAGGCAGCGGCGGCGGCGGCGGCUGCUGCUGGGGCGGUUGGAGGGGCAGCGGGGCCAAGCUGGGGCCAAUUGCCAACGGCUUGAGGCGGAGGAGGGCGAGGGAAAGGCUGCCACGGGGCGAGGGAGCGAUGUAAGAGGCCAACGCCCAGGACCAGCUUUGCCAAAUAUCUUUGAAAAUAUGGCCUGGAGAAUGACCAUACAUAUCAUCUGUUGAAGUAAAGGAAAGCAAUUUGUGGUGCAAAGUAGAGUUCCUGGAACAUAGUAAGCAUUUGAUGGUUGUUGAGUUCCCCAAGAAUGUAGUUCAUCUCUGCCUGUGACUGGAUCUCAUAAAAGUACUGAACUAGAUUUGUAAUGAAAUGGAGUCUGGAACAAGUUCUUUUCGAGUGGAAUUUCCUGAUUUUUCUAGCACCAUUUUGCAGAAACUAAACCAGCAGAGACAACAAGGACAAUUAUGUGAUGUUUCCAUUGUAGUCCAAGGACACCUUUUCAGGGCUCACAAGGCUGUUCUUGCUGCCAGCUCACCUUACUUCUGUGACCAGGUGCUACUGAAAAACAGCAGAAGAAUAGUUUUGCCUGAUGUUAUGAAUCCAAGGGUUUUUGAGAACAUCCUUCUCUCUACUUACACAGGACGACUAGUGAUGCCUGCUCUAGAAAUUGUCAGUUAUCUGACAGCAGCCAGUUUCCUCCAGAUGUGGCAUGUGGUAGACAAAUGCACUGAGGUUUUAGAAGGAAAUCCGACAGUCCUUUGUCAAAAGCUAAAUCAUGGCAGUGAUCAUCAGUCACCAAGCAGCAGUAGCUACAAUGGCCUAGUUGAAAACUUUGAGCUUGGUGCUGGUGGACACCCAGAUUUCCCUAAAACCCAAGAACUGAGAGAUGGAGAGAAUGAAGAAGAGAGUUCCAAAGAUGAAUUGUCAUCUCAGCUAACUGAACACGAAUAUCUUCCCAGCAACUCCUCAACAGAACAUGAUAGACUAAGUACUGAAAUGACCAGUCAGGAUGGUGAAGAAGGGGCCAGUGAUAGUGCCGAAUGUCAUUAUACAAGGCCCAUGUAUAGCAAGCCCAGCAUCAUGUCUCACAAACGUUGGAUCCAUGUGAAGCCGGAAAGAUUUGAACAGGACUGUGAAGGUGUUGAUGUGCAUGCUGCUUAUGAUGAGCACCAGGUCACUGAAUCAAUCAAUACCAUACAGACAGAUCACUCUAUCCAGUCUUCAGGGGUGGAUGAGGACUUUCACAUUGGUGAAAAAAAAGUUGAAGCUGAGUUUGAUGAACAAGCUGAUGAAAGUAAUUAUGAUGAGCAAGUUGAUUUCUAUGGCUCUUCUAUGGAAGAGUUUUCUGGAGAAAGAGCAGAUGGGAAUCUUAGUAGCCACAGACAGGAUGCUAUUAUAGCAGCAGGCUAUAGUGAUAGCAUUGAAAUGGUGACAGGCAUUAAAGAAGAAGCUUCCCACUUGGGAUUCUCAGCUGCUGACAAGCUGUACCCUUGUCAGUGUGGGAAAAGUUUCACUCACAAGAGUCAGAGAGAUCGGCAUAUGAGCAUGCAUCUUGGUCUUCGGCCUUAUGGUUGUGGUGUCUGUGGUAAGAAAUUCAAAAUGAAACAUCACCUUGUUGGCCACAUGAAAAUUCACACAGGCAUAAAGCCAUAUGAGUGUAAUAUCUGUGGGAAACGAUUUAUGUGGCGGGACAGUUUUCACCGGCAUGUGACUUCUUGUACCAAGUCAUAUGAAGCUGCAAAGGCUGAGCAGAAUACUACUGAUGUUAAUUAAAAAUAGGACGUGGAUUCUUUUUAGUGGUGUGCACAAAAAUAAACUAUUAUAAUUAUGCAAAUUGUGUGCACAGAUGAUGUGUGGUACUUGCUAUUAUGAGACUAGCUUAAAAAUUGGAGGAUAUUUCUGAAAGACUGUAUGUAAGUAGGCCAAUUUUUAAAGUCUAAUUUCUCAAGUCAAUAUGCUUCAGUCCUGCCCUGAGAGUUCAGUCUCUGCUAACCCAUCUCUCAGCUAACUUUUCAACCUUCAGGCCAGUUGUAAUGUAGGUGGGCCGUUUUUGUUUUAUUUUGUUUUUAAUGUAGCCACCUGCAUUUAGAACUGGGCUGAAAAUGUAAGGUUUUUGUUUUUAGAUACAACUUUUGGUCACUCAUAACUUGGUCCUGUUAAAAUGUUAUUUUGCCUUUAUUAAUGAAACUUGGAGUAGACAGUCUGAAUUUGUUUAGGUUAAAUAGCUAUCUCACCAGACAAAUCCUGUGCUGUGUAAAAAGCUCAAAUGAUAUGGCUCCUAGAAGGAGAAAUUAAAUAGAAUUCUUUUGGUCUAAGUUUUAUCUUUUGAAAGGGUAUUUUAAUUAAAACCUUGAAGGAGGAUGCAAAGUAGGUAACAUUCUAACUUGGUUCAAUAGUAACAUGGAUGGUACAAGCUUCAUUUUUUUUUUUGUGAUACUACAGUAAUGUGUAUCAAAUUCUUGAUAUAACCCACACAAGGUUUUAUAUUUUAGUAUAUUGAAGUUUAAAAAAUUGUAUCUAGUUGUGAUUCACUAGGUGUAGAACUAGUUACCAGAAAUUAGUAUUUCUAAUUGGCUUGAUGUUCCAGUUCUUGUCCAUGUGAGUGACUGGAAGCUACCACUCCAGCAGAGUCCCUAGGUAAUCUACAUAUUGGACCUGUUGUGAUCCUGAUUAUAAGUCUUAUCUGCUGCUGCUCAGAGUUGUGGGCCUAUUGCAAAUAGUUGAGCUUUCUAAUGAAAAUCUGUCACUCGUAGGUAACAAGGAAGAAACAAUUAAAGAUAAACAGAUAUAAUUACGGAUUAUAGUUAGGAGCCCUUGUGUUUCAGGAGUUGGUUUAAUAUAGCCUGGUAGCUAUGAAGCCACAAAAAAAAUAGAAACAGAAUGCAGUGUGAGUGAGGCAGAGAAGAGCUGGUAACAAAUUGUUUGGGUGGCACCUUGUACUCUCUGGUUCAUUGUCAUCCAACUUGAGCAUUGGUACCUGUAUAAAAGGAGGUGGUAGCUCUUUAAAACAAAUAGAUCCACAUGAGCCCAUAAUGCAAGUCUUUUUAGAGGACUGGAAAGUAUUUCAGAAUGGAAAAGGAGGGAAAAAAAAUCCUGAUUUUAGAAGAGCAGUUUGGCGAGUCAAGCUCCCAAAUUAUACUGCUGCAUAAAUUAACAAGUCCACACAUCUGUACAUAUAGAAAAUAAAAAAGUGGCAGUUCUGAGAUUUUUUUUUUCUCCCUAUCAGUCUGAUGUAUUGGAUUGAAGACUGCUUUUUAGAAAAGAAAUAAAUCAUAUUCUGAAUAUGUAAGCUCCGUGAUAUACCUAGAUUUCUCAUUGGGGUGGGACAGGGUGCUAUAAUUAUACUAACUUCUUUUGACUCACUGGUUGAUUGCUUCCAAAUUUUAAUAUAAAUGUUUUCAUUUUGUAGGGAAAAUAGCUUUUCCUUGGACUCUAACUGAAAUUUGGUUUAAAAAUUGGCUUUGCACAAAUAUGGUUGCCAUUGCUGGCAAUGGACUUUCUCAAACUGCUAACUCCUAAGAAUUCAAGUUCUGAACACUGUAUGUGGACAAAGGGAAAGUAGCUCAUUCUUGUAAUCAACAUAAUUAACAGGGAUCUACUCACUAACACUGUAUCCUUCUCAAUAUAGAAAAGCACUUUGUAUUUAAAUCUCUUUAUACAUAUAUUGUUUUUUAACCUAGAAACUAUAUAUUACCUCCUAAUUGAUUGCCACAUUAAUACUGUUUCCUUAAUAUUGAAACAUCUGCCAGUUGCCAGUCUUUUUCUUUGUUUACAUGGCUGGAAUUGUGUAGAGGUGACUAUACAAUCCAACUCAAUUCUUUCCUACUCUUUGAAGUGGUCCUAGUCCUUCUGUGUGAUGAGAAAUUGCUUUAUGACUCCCAUUAAUAUUAUUAAUGAUGUUGUGAAACAAUUCUGCCAAAUAUCUUCACCCUCUACUGAGGUGUUAGCAAAGUAUAUUUCUUAUCUAAUUUGAAAGCUUUCCUUUACAAAAUUAGGUUGGAAAGUUUUAUAAGAAUUUGAGCUAGAAAAUACAAAUAUAGGGAAUGCCUAUCUUUCAGUUCUGUUCAUUUCAGUGAAACAGUGUUGUCAUGAGUAAUUUGAAGAUUUUUUUAGUCUAUUCCACUACUUUCUUACUUAAUCUCCAAACCCUUAUCCUAUGUCAUCUCUGACAUCAGUUUUGCAAAGAUUUAAUAUGUUAACUGCAAUUUUACCUUAUUCAAAUAGAUUGAUGCCUUUUGUAGGAAUCCUGAUGUGUAUACCAACUGCUAAUUUAUAAUUCUUAUUUUUAAAAUCCAUGCUCAACUUGUCUGUUGUCCUGUGCUGUUUAUAUAAAAUAUUGAAUUUCGUUUUAAAAAAAUGGUAUGGUAAGCAGAUCAACCCCAGACACUCUUAGUGGGACCACUCUAAUGCUGACCACAUUCAGAUAGCACAGAGUCUUCACCCAGCAUGAGUUGGGCUGAUGGAGGGGAUGGGGUUGGUAGGCAGGGAGAAGCUUGGAGAAGAAUGCUUACUAUAUAUCUAUUAAGAGAGAAAUUUUGCAGACUUUACCUUUUUAAGAUAAAGUAAUUCUAUCCCCUUUGGAA